AUGAUAUCCAGCGGCGAGAUUGACCCCGACCACCCUGUCGACACCUCCCUCGUCCAUCGAUUCCGGCAAGAAAUAGUGAGCGCUCUCUGGGAAAACGUCUUAUCAGACUGCCAAUUCUUCCUCAAGCACCCGGACGACAAGGGCGACCAUAUUCUCGUCAACGAUAGUUUCGAUAUCGUGGGUGCUAUCGACUGGGAAUGGACCCAGACGGUGUCCAAGGCGGAAGCGUUCAGUUCCCCGUGCAAGAUGUGGCCGGUCGCCAAGUUCUAUCGUAGUUCCAAUGAACUAGACGCGGAUGAGUUGCCGCUAGCUGCUGUCUUUUGUGAAAGGGGCCGUGAGGAUCUUGCGAAUUGUGUUGUUGGGGGAAGAAAGGUUCAGCGACUUUUCUUCGCUCUUGGAACUGAGAGCUCUUUUCUGGAUAUGCAGACACUUUCGAGUCUGUUUGCGGAACUCCGGCGGGCUUUCGACUUUGAGGAUAUGGAGUGGGAGGUGUGGAAGAGCAAGGCUUUCAGGAAAUGGAGGGAGGAUGGCUCGCUCCUUGGUUUGCUGGCCGUUUCCGAAUAG